GCCGCCUCACCUGGCCCGGCUCGGCCACUGGCAUCUGAGAUGUGGCUUCAGCUGCCUCAGCCAACGUCCCUCCUGAGGGUCACGAUCCUUUCCGACUCGUUACCUUUUCUCUUUCAUCUAGUUUAGCCCUGAAACAGUGAGCUUGAAGAGUGGACACAACUUACCUUUUCCUAGGAAGAUGCCCUUCGGCUGAUGUUCUUGCAGUGCAAGUUGUUUGUAAAGGACCAGAAGGCUUCCCAUUAUCCACCCCCCCAAGCCAGCCGGGAUGGUGAGCCUUCUCAUCCCCUUGUGCUCAGCGGUGCCGCUGUCUGAAUGCACCUCGAAAUGAAUGGGACAGAACCAUCCUCAGGAAAGCUUGCGAGCGCUGCUAACUUGGAAAAGGCAACCAGCUCAGUGUCUUCACCCAGACAUGCAGAUUCCCCAACCUCGGUGUCCAGUUUCAGUUCCUCGGAUUCUGAGGCAGAUGUGAAAGACGUUCUCGGCUUCAUGCGCAAAUUCCUCGGUGAAAACUGCCAGGAUAUAUCUGAGAAGCUGAAGUUCCUGGAUUGUGUGGACAUCAUCAACACGACCUUCGACGGAGAGAAGAAAGAAGGAUUUGGAGAUCACCACGGCAACCAGUCUCUACUGAGAGACACCCUGAAGUUCCUUCUCUCUGAAACGGCUUCCCUAGAGACUCAAGAGCGGGAAGGGGCUCUAGCCAGGAUCACCAAGCUCAUCCACUGUAUCACAAGCCACUGCAUCACCAAGGGAAUGAAGGACUUCAAGACUGGCCAAGUGGCGGGCUACCUCACCCUUUGCUGUGGAGACCCGAGUGAGAAAGUGUGCCAAUGGGCGGCUGAGGGACUCCACCACCUGUACACCUUGGUCCUGCACCAAAAGAGGCUUAACAAGGCUGAGGACAACCAGGCGUAUCUCGAACCUCUGCAGGAGUGGGAGGAAGAGAAGAUAUUCUGGCUGGCUUGGUUCUCCGACGUCAGCACCACCACCAGGGUAACUCUCUCUCAGUCGGGACGCUUGGGCCUGGUAUUCAAAAAAUGCCUCCGUGUGGAUGAUCAGAUGGAUUUCAUGCUGAUUGCCAUCAAGGCCAUGAGAGAGGAUGAUAUGCACAGCACAAAGGCUGCCUGCCUUAUGCUGAAAGCCAUGCUGAGGAACCCCACGCCCAGCUUUGUGAAGGUGUCAAAAGCUGUCAAGUUCAUGUAUUACAGCUUGGAGCACAUCAGCUGCCCCCCAGCCCGACAGAUUGUCUUCCAUUUUCUCCAUUUGCUGGGGAGUGGCCACCCUCAAGAGGUGGUGGAGGCCUUACUCCGAUGUUCCCUGCAAUGUGACAGCUCUGCCUCCAGCAUGUGGCACGUCUUGACCUCCUUUACCAGCCCGGCACAGAAGGUCCUGGAUGUUCUGCAAGCCACCCUGCAGGAGCGACCCCUCCACCCUGCCAGCCCUGGGUUCAAGCCAAACAUGGAUCCUUUAGCUGCUACUGCAGCUCUUUAUGAGAUUUUGAGAAAUCCAUCUCCUGCCUGCAAAGAUGUCCUGAAAGCAAUGUAUCCCACACUGUCCAUUGCUCUUCUGUGCCAUAUCUCCUACACGGUGAACUUCACGCCCCAGGAGAUUGACCAUUUUUGGAGGUCCUGCAUCCAGCAAAAACUUCCCACUCCUCUGUCUCCAUUCAGGUCUGCCUUGAGGACCUUCAGGGCUCUGGUCAGGCGCGCCAGUGACGGGGAUCAGUCCCUCAUCAUGAAUAAGAGGAGAGGCUCUGAGCUCCUGUGCCAUCAUGCAACUCACCAGAAAGGACUCACUCUCUUUGCCAGAGCGCUGCUUCGGAACGAAGGGUGUGAACAGAUCUUGCCCUACCUGAUAGCCACUUUGGACGCCAAAGAGGACAUGAUCCAUCUCAUUACAAUGAUCUUUAUUGUUGAGAUCCUGGAUAGGGACAUGCUGGAUGAAUGCACAGAAGAUCUUAUUAUCCAGCAUCUCUGCACCCAGCUGAAGUCAAGCAGGACCCAGUUCCGAACCCUUUCUCUCAACGGCAUGCUCCGUCUGACCCCUUAUCCAAAGAAGGUGGCGAAGCUGAAGCCGGCCGUGCUGGACCUUCUGGCCAGGCUGAAGGAGGCCAACCGAGAGAUCAAUGUGAAAGCUCUCAAAGUCCUGGAGCCUCUCUUGAAAACUCUGGACAGCAAGGAGCUGAAGCUCUACUCCGUGGAAGUGGCGACGCGGGUGAUCCCCCUUUUUGAUGACGCGUCCAACAAAGUGAGGCUGGCUGCUGUCGCCACCUUCGUCGGCCUCCUGGACGUCACCAGAAGGGGGAGCAGAGAUCUGAUGAAACAGUUCACCAUGCAAAGUCUGGUGCCCCUCAUGUUACAUCUUCAGGAUGAGAGCGUCCCGGUGGCCCAGGCCUGCUGGACUGCUCUCCGGAAAGCUGACCAGUUUCUGAAAUCCUUCAUCCAGCUGUCCAUCCACGUGAAUGACCCCUGGAACCUUUGCACCAGCCUGGUGACGCGCUACCGAGAGCAAGGGGAAGGGAUCCUCCUGGAACAGGCGUUCGGUUACCUGGAAAACCCCAGACGAUCUUUGAGGGACGGAGCCAUCAGGCUCUUAGAAAUCAUAGCUCAAGCGAGCAAGCACAAGGACACCGUCACUGCUAUCACAACAGUCCUGAACCUGGUGCAGCUAGAUGCUAAGCCCUCCGACAUCUACUUGGUGGCCUCUGAAAUCAUUGAGACCAUCGAACGUGACUCUUCGGGAAACUUCGUAGGGAGAUGUUUCGACAGAAUCAGGACCAUGUGCAGGAGAUGAGAUGCCUCCUUGGUGGAGGGCACAGAGGACAGAUGCUGCUGUUCCUCUUCAGCGGGUUGGACACCUGGCCUGAGUCACCGGAUCCAGACACCUGCCCCUCUGCCUGCGGUUGGACCUCUUCAUUCCUGGAUCCUUCUCAGUUCCUGCCCCUCAUCCUUGUAGAACUCUGGUUAGGAAAGAGGGAGUCCAUUGCCCCACGGAUGAGCUGGUCCAGGGAGAGGUGGGUCCUUGUCCCCACCAGGAACCCUCUCCUUGCUAUGACAUUGGUCCUGAUGGAGGCUCUCGAAAAACCAUAGCUUCAUUUUCAGAAUCUGGUCAUUAAGGAGGUUUCGUCCUUAACAUCACUUUUAAUUUUUAUUAUUAUGAAUGCAGUGUUUGUAGUAUUUAUAUUUCACCUUUGUUUACCAAGGCUCGUUCACAACAGCGUACGGAAUAGAAGAAAUGAUGGAAUAAAACU